AAUUUCUACAGGCAUAUCUAUGCUUAAAAUAUACCUUGCUGUUGUUUUAAAAUAUUAACGCAUGUGUUCACCGUACUUUAACGUAAUUAGGGCAACUUUGUAGUUUAAAGAUUGGGUUUUAAAGCGUUAUUUGUGAGAAGCGCUCACCUGAAGAACAAGUAUCGCUUGAGUUAGUCACUCCCAUUGAACCGCGAGUCUCCGGAAAUAUCUCUCUCGUCUCACAGAGGAGGAAGUGUUGAUAUUUAUUCUCCUGGUGGUCUCUCAGAAAUGGACCCUAUGGAUGGAGGAAUGCGUUACAAUCCCCGCUCUUCGGACAAGGACUGGGACCAAGCUGUCACAUUCUUGCCAGCAUCGGAUAAUAAAAAGUUGGAGAAGAAGAGGGGCCCUGGGAAAGUUGGGAUCAUUGUUGCUCUGGUGAUCUUGGCAGCCGUUUUGGCUUUGGUUGUUGGGCUUCUGGUCUGGCAUUUCCACUUCCGGAAAGAUUUGAAACUACAGAAGAUUUACACAGGCUCACUUAAGAUAACAAAUGAACAGUUUGUGGAGGCAUAUAAAAACCAGGACAGUACAGAGUUUAAAGACCUGGCAAACAAAGUCAUGGCUCAGCUGAAAUCAUUGUACUCGGAAGCUCCAGAACUGUCAAAACAUUACAUUAGUUCCAAAGUUAUAGCCUUCAGUGAGGGCAGUGUAAUCGCUUACUAUGAGUCAGAGUUUGCUGUUCCAGUGGGACAGGAAGCAGCAGUGGAUCGGGCUGUGAGCAAAUUGGAUGAAAUGUAUAACAACAAAGUUCGCAGAGUUCAACAAGGUCCCCUGGUCUUUGAGCACGUUGUGUCUUCAGCUCUGGACAAACGUCUGUUCGCAAAAGCUAAGACGAGAUUCACCCAGCAAACCAGGACUGCUGCUGAAGAGAUCAUUACAUCACCGGGUUUCCCUGACCGACCUUACGAUCCAAACUCCUUUGUGCAGUGGCAGCUUCGGGGAGACCCAGGCCACGUGCUGAAGUUGACUUUUGACACCUUCAACCUGGAAAAAAACUGUUCAAAUGACUUUGUGAGAGUGUAUGACUCAUUGGUCACCAUGGACCAGUUCCUCAUGGCAGAGAAGUGUGGAUUUUAUUCUCCCAGUAAUCCUUUAUCCUUCAUCUCGUCCCGGAAUGUUAUGUUGGUGACCUUGGUAACCGACGAAGACGAGAAUUUUCCUGGUUUCAGAGCCCGUGUGACUCAAAUCAGUCGAGAUAGCAGCGAAGUUGCAUGUGGGGGUAAAUUGGGUGGAUCCUCCGGUAGUUUUCAAUCACCCAACUUUCCCAGUUAUUACCCACCCAGCACCACAUGUCAGUGGGACAUCGAGGUUCCUAAUGGUAAAUUCAUCAAGCUGAAGUUCCCCAAGUUCAUGGUUUCUACACAGACUGUAAAUUGCCCAGGAGAUAGUGUGCAGAUUGUGGGUAAAAGCACAUUGUGUGGGCAGCUGCCUGCUAAUACCAUGGUUCCAGUCAGCAGUAACCAGGUGACGGUUGUGUUCAAAUCAGAUUCAUCAGAAGUAGAUCGAGGUUUCAGCGCCACUUAUGAGGUCUUUGACCCCUCUGACCCUUGCCCGGAGCAGUUCCAGUGUAACAACAAACGCUGUAUAAAACCAGACUUGCGCUGUGACGGCUGGAACGAUUGCGGUGACGGCACAGACGAGAGGAGCUGUCAAUGUGAUGCCAGCAUGAUCCAGUGCAAAACUGGGAUCUGUAAGCCGAUGUUCUGGCGGUGUGAUGGAGUAGAUGACUGUGGAGAUGGCACAGAUGAACUUAAUUGUGGGUGUAAGGUUGGAGAAUUUAAAUGCACCGACAAUCAGUGUGUCUCAGAGAAGCUGAAGUGUGACGGGAAACAAGACUGUAAAGACGGCUCAGAUGAAGAAGGCUGUACGAGAGAUAUUUGUAAAGUCUCAACAUUUGCGUGCAAUAAUGGCAAAUGUAUCACAAAACAGAACCCUGUGUGUGAUGGACAAGAUGACUGUGGCGACAACUCGGAUGAAUCUAGCUGUGACUGUGGUAAGAGGGCUUUCUCCAAGUCUCGAAUUGUGGGUGGACAGGAAGCAGAUGAGGGCGAGUUCCCAUGGCAGGUCAGCCUGCACAUUAAAAACGUAGCACAUGUUUGCGGUGCAUCCAUCAUCAGUGAACGAUGGCUUGUGACGGCUGCCCACUGCGUACAAGAUGAUGCCAAAACCAAAUAUGGUCAGCCAGGAACAUGGGAAGCAUACCUAGGUCUCCACAAACAAAAAGAUAAACAGCAGGCAACAAAGAGAUUCCUAAAACAAAUCAUUCCUCACCCAUACUACAACCACUACACCUAUGACAAUGACAUCGCUCUGAUGGAGCUGGACUCACCUGUGACCUACGGUGCAACCAUUCAACCCAUUUGCUUGCCCACUGCCACUGACGUCUUCCCGGCUGGUGAAACGGUCACUAUCACCGGGUGGGGUGCCACCAGAGAAGGGGGCGCUGGAGCAGCUGUGCUGCAGAAAGCAAAUGUUCGCAUCAUCAACAGCACAGUGUGUGAUCAACUAAUGAAUGGACAGAUCACAUCUCGCAUGACGUGUGCAGGCGUUCUGACAGGAGGAGUGGAUGCUUGCCAGGGUGAUUCUGGCGGUCCUAUGACUUUUUUAACAAAUGGUCGUAUGUACCUGGCGGGAGUGGUGAGCUGGGGGGACGGCUGUGCUCGCAGAAACAAGCCAGGCAUCUACACAAACGUGCCAAAAUUCAGGGCCUGGAUCAAGGAGAAGACAGGAGUAUAAAUAGCUCGAAGAAAUUUUAUGAACUGUUUUGUUUUCUCAGGUCACAUAUGUUUUAAUAACAUACAUGGAAUAACCCAGCAUAGCUUGGCUGAAGAGAGGGAUGAACUUUUGACCUGUUUUUUUUUUUUGUCUAACAAUUGCUUUAUACAUUUGUAUAUUUUAAAAGGAGAGCGGUUUGAGGGUUUUAUUCUGUCUAAAGAUAUGUAAAUAAAUGUCUUACUUUCUCCUUUUAACGGUUUUGUGGUUUUUAGUGACUACUUUCUUAAAGUGAAGCUUUUUUAGAUUUAGCUUGUUUUAGUCUGUACCUUCAGCCUUCUUUGGUUCAAGGAGUGUGUGUUUCUAGUGUAACACUCACGUGCUUAAAUGUGAACAUCAUAAGUCUUUCCAUGAUUUUUGUGCUGUAUGUAUGUAUGUAUGUAUGUAAUGUGAUUUUAAAGUUUGAGUUACACGUGGAAACACUUGAAAAGAAAUCAAGAGUCUGGAGCGCUUUAAAUUUGAUUCAGGGAUUUCAAUAAAUUUAGAAAAACAAAACAAUGUUUCAUUCACAAUUUCUGCAACCUUUUACAAAUAAAAUGUGUAUCUUGAUUAA